CAAAUGGAAGAUACCAUUGACACCGCCAUGGGGGUGUUCUCUUAUCAGUACCCGACAUCCAAUGACAGUUUACUGUUCAACAUCAUCCCAACCCACUUCCCCCCCCUGCCACCCAUAAUAGACCAGUCCAUCAGCUUCACCACUAUAGUGGUCCUCUUCAUCACCAUGGUUUCACUGGGCUGUACCAUGGAGGUGUCCAAGAUCAAGACCCACAUCCUGAAACCUAAAGGAGUAACCAUCGCAGCGGUGGCCCAGUUCGGAGUAAUGCCCCUCACUGCCUUUUCAUUGGCUAAGGUGUUACAGCUGGGGCCAAUGGAGGCUGUAGCGGUGCUGAUCUGUGGAUGCUGUCCAGGGGGAAACGUCUCCAAUAUACUGGCCCUGGCACUGAAGGGAGACGUGAACCUCAGUAUUGUGAUGACUACCUGCUCUACAUUCCUAGCCCUGGGUAUGAUGCCACUGCUCCUCUACCUGUAUUGCCAGGGCUUCUCCAACCUGGAGAGUGCUGUUCCCUACACUGGUAUCACAUUGGCCCUGGUCAUGACUCUGUUCCCUUGCGGCAUCGGCAUCCUCAUCAACUACUACAGGCCACAGUACUCCAAGACCAUUACCAAGAUCGGGCUGUCCCUCCUGUUGAUAUCCAUGGUAGUGAUCGGCCUAUUGGCCAGCGUGACCAGAGGAAGAAUGAAUAUGAUGCUGACCGUCCUGUCCCCUCAACUAAUGGCCACUGCUGCCCUCAUGCCCCUCAUUGGCUACACUUUCGGAUACGUCCUUUCAUACCUGUUCAGACUCAAUAAGAUCGGGCAGAGGACCAUCGCCAUGGAGACGGGAUGUCAGAACAUCCAGCUGUGUUCCGCCAUUUUGAAGGUGGCGUUCCCUCCCGAUGUGAUUGGUCCGCUCUACCUCUUCCCUAUAGUCUACAUAGUGUUCCAGGUGGGAGAGGCUUUACUGCUCAUCGUCCUCUUCUGGGUUCACCAGAGGUUCUUUAAAACAACAAAGAAAGGUAGGCUUGACUGA